GUACGAGGCCGUAAUGGCGCCGUCUCCGCAGACCAUAACAAUCUCAGCUGAUGACUGACCAGCAGCGGCGGGGCGGCCUCUCUCCUUGUACUUCACCCUCCUGGCCACCUCCUCCAGCUCCAGCUCCAGUCCCAGGCGGCGGAGAGGCUGUGUGAGGCGCCGCUCGAGGCCACGAGUGUGAGACAGCAAGGCUCUUCUUUGUGUGCUCCAGGGAAAUCAUUGUUGCAGGUCGUUCAACCAUGUCUUCCAACUCGGCAUGGACGGGUGCGAGGCUGCACAUAAACGAGUCCGAGCUCCUGUGUCGGACGGGCUGCGGGUACUAUGGAAAUCCGGCCUGGGACGGUCACUGUUCCAAGUGUUACAAGGAGAUGGUGCAGAAGAGCCAGCAGCGCAAGACCGUCUUUGACCCCACACAGAAGAUCCGCAAUAAAGUGAGCCGAUCUGUCAGCGAUGUGUCGGAACUCACCUCGACUGCUACCUCGAUGAUGAGCCGGAAGUUUGAUCGCUUUGAGGAGAAGCGAAGGCAGCAGCUCGACAAGAGGACUAAAGCUGUGAAGUCCAUUUUCCGCAAGUCGCAGACCAAGGACCCUACCAAAGGUGACCAUCCAAAGGCAAGCAGACAACUGAGCAUCGAAUCUCAGUGUGUCGGGCAGGAGUUCAACGACUUCCUGAAGACUCUGAGCAAGGACAUUCAAAUUAGAGUGAGCAAGCAGAUCAACUCGUUUGUAGAGAAGAUGGUGCGGUGUGUGGAGUUCCAGUCUGUGGACGAGUCUGGUGAACAGGUCCACGACUUCUACAACUCCAUGAACGAGAUGGUCACCAUGCAAAGUGCCUACCAUGAUUUAACACAAGAUCAAGUAGACAAGAUCAAUGAGCUCACGGAACGCUACAUAACAACACGCCUGUAUAAGGCGCUGAUCAGCUCUGUCAACGCUGUUAAUGAGGAAAAGGAUUUGGCCAUUCAGAAUAGAAUUCGAAGUCUUGCGUGGGUAAGCAGCCAGCACUUGGAAUGUGGGGUGAAGGAGACGAGUGAUGAAGUAAGGGAGACGUUGGACCUUGUUAUAACUGAACUGAUAGAGAUGAACAGCAAGCGAGUCCCGUCUGACAAGCUGAAGUGCCUCGUUUCGUCCAGCCACCACGUGUUGAAUCUCCUGAAGCAGUCGAGAGGUGGCGUCCCCGCAUCUGCAGACGACUUCCUUCCAGCUCUCAUUUACUGUGUGCUGCAGGCCAGCCCACCACUCCUCCACAGUAAUAUCGCUUAUAUUACCAACUUUGCCCAGCAGAGCAGCCUACAGAGUGGGGAAGCUGGGUAUUUUUUCACCAAUUUGUGUUGUGCAGUGGCCUUCAUAGAGAAAAUGACAGCAGAGAGUUUAGGGUUGACAACGGAUGAAUUUGAACGCUACAUGUCGGGUGUAGCAUUGCCCCCAAAUGCUGUAGACGGAGGCGUCUGGCUGUGUGAGGGCAUGAGGAUCAUGCAGCAGAAUCUGAAGACGCUCGAUGACCUUCAGGCACGGAUGGAUCGCCUUCUUGCGGAGUCCGACUCGCUCGUGCAGGAGAUGGACGAUGUACAGGAAAGUGUGACUAGAGAGGUUGCUGGUGUCCUCGAGCGGACGCCCCUGACCAUCCGACCCCGGCAGGCGGACAUUGACGAGGAGGUGCCAGUGUCAGAGCUGCUGCCGCCGCCCCUCACUCCGCAGACCAUGGAUGGCAACAAACCCAAAGCUGCCGAAGAAGGUGGCAAGAGUGAAGACGGCAGUUUAAAAGCUCCGCAGACAACAGAUGCUCCCCCUCUCAGUCCAGAUAUUUUAGCAGCUCAGCAGAGCUUGUCCUUCCUGCAGGGUUUGUCAGGCUUGGACUCUGGACUGUUGUCAUCACUGGAUGCUAGUGACAAAGGUGCACACACCCAUCUUGGUGUGGAAACUAUAAAGUGCUCUGAAAAUAAAACUCUCCUUGACGAUUCACCGCCAUCCAACAUGUCAUCCCUACCUGAUCUAUUAGAUUCAUUUGGCCCACUUGAAGAUGAAGGCUUGAAGAAAAUGAGUUCUGGGAACCUUCCACCUGCUCUUGACUCGGCCGUCUCGCUCACAAACCCCUUUAUUCAGUCUGCCAGCUCGGCGGCAGCUCCUCCAUUGCCCUUCAUCCAGCGCACCAACUCUGCUACACCACCUCCAUUACCUCCCAGACAUUCAAUCGCUCCGCCACCAAUCAGUCCCAGAGUCAGUUCACUCGGGUCGUCGCGGAAUUCUCCGUACGGCACCUCUCGACCGCCUCCUCGUCCUUGCCCUCAGUCGUCGUAUUCUGGAUUCACCAUCCAGGGAGGUCGCAUUCCCAGUAUACCAUGCGACACUGGCCACAUGCAUCAGUUCGCCAGCACGCCUGACCCACUCCCCCCUCCGCUGGAAGGUCCCCAGCCUCCCCUCCCUCCACCUCUCAUUCCCACGGCCUCGGGGUUGGAAGGCCGGGCCAACACGUCGUGUGUAGGUGCUAGCCCAAGGUCCUCCGAGAGGCCACUCAAGAGAGAAGACACUAUAGAGAAGGUGUAUAAUGUUUUAGGGGACAUUGUGCAAACGUUUGAUAGUCUUCUUUGAGUACCAAUUGUAACCAUACUUAAUUUACUAUUUUUUUACUGUUGCGGCUUUAUGUAGGUAAAUCGACUUUGAAAUUUUAUAUCGAGAUUUAUAAGGUGUUCAUUGCACGUUUGCAAAUUUAUCAUAGGCUUGCAUCAAAUAUAUCUAUUUAUGAAUGUAUCUUGUGCCAUUUUUUACAUUGUGCUGUAGGGUGGUGCAUGCGUGAUCUCCAGCGAAUAUGACGUGUCGCGGGUUGUCUCGGCACAUCUGGUGUCUGGGAGACCUACGGCCACCCAACAUGUCGUGGGUUGUCUCGGCACAUCUAGUGUCUGGGAGACCUAUGGCCACCCAACAACGUGUCGCGGGUUGUCUCGGCACAUCUAGUGUCUGGGAGACCUACGGCCACCCAACAUGUCGUGGGUUGUCUCGGCACAUCUAGUGCCUGGGAGACCUACGGCCACCCAACAACGUGUUGCGGGUUGUCUCGGCACAUCUAGUGUCUGGGAGACCUACGGCCACCCAACAACAUGUCGCGGGUUGUCUCGGCACAUCUAGUGUCUGGGAGACCUACGGCCACCCAACAACGUCGCGGGUUGUCUCGGCACAUCUAGUGUCUGGGAGACCUACGGCCACCCAACAUGUCGCGGGUUGUCUCGGCACAUCUAGUGUCUGGGAGACCUACGGCCACCCAACAACAUGUCGUGGGUUGUCUCGGCACAUCUAGUGUCUGAGAGACCUACGGCCACCCAACAACAAAAAUAUAUAUUCAUAUAUGUAUAUACACCAAAGAUUAUUGCUUGCUGGUGUUCAGUAUCGUGCAAUUAACCCAGUUUUCUCUGGUCACUGUAACGAGUCUUAAGAGUGCAAUUGGCAUGUGCCAAGUUACUGGACAUGUGAAAUAUUUGGCACUACUUUUCAACUCUUUAAGCAGAUAUUUAAAAAAAUAAAUGAAUCUUAUGUACAGUAGUUUAUUAACUAUUUGCCAGUAAUUCUUCUAUAAUAAACUGUCUUUAUCUGAAUGUAUAAUUCUCUUUUUGGUCUGACACUUGGCACCUUUCCAGAUGGUCAGAGAGUAAUGGUGUAUUUCUGGUGUUCGGCAUGACGUGCACACAGCUACACUGGGCUAACCUGUGCACAUGUGACUUGGGGUCAUGAGCGGAAGGGCCUCGUGCUAGGUGUGUGACCAUCCUGUUAAUGAAACGGUGGAAGCAAUAUCUGAUGUUGGAUCAUUUGCAGGUAUUGGAGUCAGUGCAGGUGGUGGUGAUGUUAAUGCCAGAUUUUCCUUGUUGCAAUUAGUAUGGUUCCAAUGCCAGGAUUCGUGAAGCAUUUAUGCAGCCACUUACAAAAACCCUGUACAUCUUUCCUUAAUCAUGGUAUCUUUGUUUACAUUUAUUAAACAGUUUGAUAGCUUCAUGAUUUUCCCUGCAUGAUGCCAGCCUCUUAAUUUCUGAUCUCUUCCUUGAGUAGGUUCUUCUUGCUUCUGCCUGAUACUCAACAUCAAUACACUAUAAUCAUUCCCAUGGGAGCGAGCAAUUUCGUUUCCCUUAUGUCCAACUCGUUCAGUGUGACAAUCGGGUCAAGUCUAGUUGGCUCGUCAUUCUCUUUCAUGUGGGUCCCCUGACAAAAUAACUUGAAAACUUUAUUGGUGUUGCAUCCAAAAGCUUAGCUCUAUAUAUCUCUCCAUGUGGUUUUCUGCUCUGUCUAUAUUUCCAGUGUUGAAGUCUCGCAGCAUAAUUAGUAGUUGGGAUGCAUUUCUAAAAGGCAACAGAGAUUUCUUUUUCUAUUACAGUAAUAAUAGCCAUGUUUCUGUCAUGCCUAACUGGGUCUUGGCAUUUAGUGGAGGAUUAUAUAUAUCACUACUGCUACUACCUUUUGUCCUCCCAUUAUCAUGGUGCCUAUUAUGUAGUCUCUGAAUCUACCACAGUAUCUCCUGAAAGCUCUAUAAAGAAACUUCUUUUAUCAGCCGGCCCUCCUGACUGUCCCUCGAUAGAAUCCUCGGUGAAUCGGAAACCUUUGAUGUUAUUCGCCUUAUGUGCUUUUGUUCUUGUAUUGGCAUCCUUGGUGAUAUUUAGUUCUUUUUGAAUGUCCCGCACAUUUGACGGUGCUCAUAGCCUCCCCAACUUGGUGCAUUCUUUUGAUAAUUACUUACUUAUCAGCAGGCCCACUUCCCCCUCCCUCUCAUUCCUCCUCACUAUUAAGUAUUCCUGAGGAAACACCUCAUUUGUUAUGACUUGACAAUUUCACUUCUUUGGGUGCUAUUACAUCCGGGUUUUCUUUUCGAGAUCUUUUCCCCAAGUUCGUUUGCUUUAUCUGUAUUAUUAUUUAUGUCCGAGCACAUUACCUUGAAGCAUCACUCUCUUUUGUCCGUUCUCACUUUUCACCCUUGAUUCCACUGGUGUAGGAGGUUGUUCUGGUGGUGGGAAAUUUGAAUGGGGGUUAUUGCAUGGUGAGGAAGAUAGAGGGCAGCCGGGAAGGGUGUACUUGCCUAUCAGUGGCUGUGGGGAGGAGGGGGAAGGGGGGAGGAAGCAAGAUCUAGUUUUUUAUGCCCCUGCUGUAUCUGACCCACUAAUUCCCUGUCUCAAUGUUGUUUUCAUCAUUCCAUGUCUCGACAGUUCGACAAAACUGUCGAGAAGUAUGUAGUUGACAGAAGUAUGUAGUUAUCAUAUACCCCCCCCCCCCCCCCCAGUUUCUUCUCUGCUCUCAUGUUGUGAGGGGGAAUUCUCUCCUCUCGUCCUUUCUGCAUCGAGGUGUUUCAAUUUUGGUUUUGGUUGAAAAUUUCUGAACUUCCCUCAAGUUUGUGCUUCACAAGAUGUGGGCUCCAUGCUGGAGCUCCAUACUCAAGUAAUGGUUUUAAAUAGUCCGUGUGUGUGUGUGUAUGGAAGUUCUUGGGGUUGGGAGUGGUGAAAUUCAUGCCGAUAGAUACAUGGUGGGGGGGGGAGGUGGAAAUGGUGUUUGGGGUAGGUAGAGUGCUAGAAGGAUGGAAUGUCAGGUUGUCUAGGCAUCGGUUGCAUUGCUCUCUUUGGGCUGAUGUCCGACUGGUGUGCCUGGUUCGCUGGAGAAAGUAUUUUGAGUAUAGAAUAUUUUGUGUUCCUGACGUAUUCAGGAUUAAUGAUAUGCAAUUAUUUGUUUGAUAAGCGUUGGUGGAUUGCUUUGGUGCGCUUUUGUCACCAUAUAAGUCGUGUCCUGCUGCCAUCAUCGUAUUAGCGUCGUGAAUGAUAUGUCAGACUUUCUCACUGCUGUGCACUGCAGACAGUGCCAAAUAUCUUCCAGGUUUUGUAUUUUCUUUUGAUAAUUACUUUGUUGGCCUUUUUCUUGUAGAUUAAUUACCAAUAUGGUUUUAUUUCUUUUGGUAAUGAUUUUUUGCAAUAGGGUAUCAUUUUAUGGUAAAUGUCAAUACUAAACACUGAAGUUCACUACUAUAACAAAUAUUCACUCUACACCCAGACCUUGGUGUGGAUCUAAAUAUCCAAAUAUUUUCCGUGUAUAUCAAGCUAGAUUUUGAUAAUUUCUUCUAUUUAUUUCCAAGUAUGGGUUUCCACAUGAUUGUAUAUGGGCAGCAAUACAAUAUUACUCUCCAUGAUGUAUUUUUAACACUGUAUAAUAAGCAUUGUGUGUAUUAAUAAUCAAAAAUUGCCUAAAGAGUUAGACAUGUACUAAAUUCAUAUUUAUAUAAAAUAUAUAAUUUUAACUGCACAAUGCAAAUAAGUUGCUUGUAAGAGCUAAUUAUCAUACAUUGCCAGAAGCAUUUUUGAUUUUGUGUUAAUGUUGGUAAUUGCUCACUCAAUUAUAAUUAAAGUCAGCAUGGGCAGCCUUUAAUUUGUUACAAAACACACCUGAACAUUACUAUAGAAUAUCUUGGUCACUUUCCAGACACAAAUACAAUAGGAUUUGUAUUUGCAAGUGUUAAUAUAACAAAUAUUAAGAAAGAAAGAAAGAACACACAUUUGAAAAGUAUACCAAGUGCGCAUUCUGCUUGUCAGUCUGCCCUUGAAAGUAUACCAAGUGCGCGCUCUGCUUGUCAGUCUGCCCUUGAAAGUAUACCAAUUGCGCGCUCUGCUUGUCAGUCUGCCCUUGAAAGUAUACCAAUUGCGCGCUCUGCUUGUCAGUCUGCCCUUGAAAGUAUACCAAUUGCGCGCUCUGCUUGUCAGUCUGCCCUUGAAAGUAUACCAAUUGCGCGCUCUGCUUGUCAGUCUGCCCUUGAAAGUAUACCAAGCGCGCGCUCUGCUUGUCAGUCUGCCCUUGAAAGUAUACCAAGCGCGCGCUCUGCUUGUCGGUCUACUCCCGUCUUCUUAGGGGCUCCUGACUCGAUUCAGUCAUUUCAUUCUAUUGUAAAUUUGUUCAUUAUCAUUUUAAAGCCAAGAUUUUUAGCUUCAUAUGAAAGAGAUUGGUCAGUUUUUUAAGUGUUUUCUUUUAAAGUUUUAAUCACAGCAAAAUCUUGCAACACUAAUGUUGCCAACUAGUAUAUUGUUUUGCAUUUAUUUUUCUAUAAGGAUAUGAAACAUAACCAGAUUAACUAUAUGCAAGUCAUUGUGUUUACAAAGUUAUAUAAUUGAAAAGGGAUGUUGACGAUUUAUGGUGCAUUUCUUUGGAUUGAAAAUUUGUCUCAAAAGAUGAACUUUGUGUCUUAAUUUUCAUUUGAGGUCGAUGAUAUAUUCACAUGCUACACAACUUUGCAGGCUUUAUAUUUGUGUUUGAGUUUUGAAUUUAAUUUUUUAUAGAUAGAUUUUUUGGGGGGUAAAAAUGAUUAAAACGCCAGAUUCAUAAUUUUUUUUUUAUUGGAAAGCAUAAAUUGAAAAUUUCCUCUAAUAUGACUAUAAAACUCUCUUGUCAUUGAUGCCAUCAAAAUGGCUAUAGUUAAAAUUGUAAAUUUAAAAUGAAUGUAAAACAUUUUGGCCAAUUUUUUGUAUUUGUUUACACCUAGUUUAUAGUAACUAUGCUUAAGUUUUAUGGCUAAAUAUCAAAGAAACAUGUAUCUGGAAACAUUGUUCUUGGACUCCUCAUGUCAUUUACAUUAAAAGUUAUGAUUCUCAGAGUGAUGCACACAAGAUUUAAAUAAGAAUGAAUAAUUUUGACGGUAGAGUUACGGUCUCACUUCGUGCAGGUCUGGGUUCAAUCCCCGUCCGUCAAAGUGGUUGGGCACCAUUCCCUCCCCCGUCCCAUCCCAAGUCCUUAUCCUGAACCCAUGCAAGUGCUAUAUGGCCGUAAUGACUUGGCAUUUUCCCCUGAUAGUUCCCUCCCUCCCUUCCCCAUUUUUUUGGGACAAAAAGGCUGUCGAGCUUGUCGAAGUUUCCCUAAAAUAAUGGUUGCUCUUCCUUGGGAUGGAGCCUACAACAGUUAUCCAACUCGUGGGGCACUUGUUUACUAUUAGGUGAACAGAAGCAAUAACGGGAAGGAAACUUGCUGAAACGUCUGUCCCGAGUAGGAAUCGAACCUGGGACCUUGCGGUUGUCAAUGCACAGUGUUAUACACGCGUACAUUUUUUGUGUCUGUCUCUUUUUUUGUCUUGAGUAUCUGACUUGUACACAUUUCAUUUGCUUAUAAAAAUAAUGAACACUAUUGGCCGCUAAUCCAGGAAAGCCACACAUGGCCCAAAUAUUUUUUUUUUCUCUCUCUCUCUCUCUCUCCUUCCCUUCCAAGGGUUGAGGUGACAGUUGAUGGAUGAGCUUUGGAUUAGGCUACAGCAGCCUUUUCUUUCAGUGUAAACAUUACUAUCUCUUGAGUGAUUCAAGUCAAGUACUUGCCACACAUUCUCUCUCAUGCACUCUCUCUCUCUCUCUCUCUCUCUCUCAUAUUCUCACUCCAAAAACACAUACACACACUCAUUUGUCAGACCUGAACUAGAAUAUGCAGCAAUUGCAUGGUGCCAAUAUCUUAAAAAAUAAAAACAGCAAUAAAAUGUGCUAGUUAUGAGAAGGGACUGGAGGUGUUAAGAGUGCUAAAACUGGUAGGCUGAAGAAAAGGUUGUAAAUGCAAGCUACGAAAACAAAGGUGCUUAAAUGCUUUUUUUUUUUUUUCCAAACUUUUAUUUCACACAGGUGACUUCGGACUCCUGUUUGCAGGCUUAGUUUUCACUUCGCGAAAAAUUCUGGUUUGGUAUUAAAGAAAAUUGUUUGGUGGCUUAAAGUAUUCGUUACUGCUACUUUAUAUUUCAUUCUGCUAGUCCACUCAUUACUACAAUUUUCAGUUCAGAGCUUUUUGUAGUUUUGUAACAAAUUCAAAGUUUUCACUUGCUCUGAAUUUGUCGAUUAUCUUACACUGUAUUAAAAUACCACCUAAAGGGAUUGUAUUGCAAUAUUUGAGGACCUUGACACUUUAGUGAAGCAAGAAUGUGCGAGUUAUUAUCAUUUUUGUUGUGCUGUCGCCCACAGAACAUAUACCAUAACUUGGCUUGACAGUGGAUAAUGGAUGCAUCUGGUGCUUAUCCGAGUCUGAGAGAAACAUCCGUGCAAAUAUUCUAGGCCAAAAAAAGUUUAUUUGCUGGUCUAACACUGCAUACUGGUUGUGACUUCUUUAUAUAAAGUAGUUACAGAUGCAUAUUCUUGAAGACAGUAAAGCCAAUACUGUGUUGCUUUACACUCUAAUACUAUGUCAUUCACAAAUUUACAAAGCAAAAGUUCUAUACAAUGCUCAAGUUUCUUGUUAAACAACAGAAACAAACAUUUGUUGUUGAUUCAUGAGCAUUUAAUCUUAGUGACAUUUGGGUUGAAAGAAUUAUUGGCAGCAAAUUUUUCUACCAUAAAGUUGGCGAUUUGAUAGAAAAUGGAACAAUACAAUUUGAACACUAAGGGAAAAGGUGUUAUUUCUUUCGUGUCCAAGAUUUAUUCUUUUAUGACUAAUACAAGUAAUAUAAUUGAACUUAAUGAGGUGGCAAAUCAUUAAACUUGGUAAUGAUUAGAAUACAGUAUAUUAAAUAAGUACAAAGCUGAAUCUGUACCCAUGAAAAGUAUUUGAGUGUGAAUAUCUUUGGAGACCAUUUUUGCCUUUAUAUUAUUUAUUGUGGAAUUAUUUGCUAUACGGCAUAUGUUGUCUUGAAGUGAUAAUUUUACUGUGUUUGCCAUAUGACCCCAGUAAUUCUGUUCAGGUGCAACAAUGUAUAUACAACUGCAGAAAUGUAUGUACAACUGCAGCACUGUAUACACAGUUGUAGCAAUGUAUAUACAACUGCAGUAAUGUCAGCACAGAUGCAGCAAUGUAUAUACAGCUGCAGCACUGUCUACACAGUUGUAGCAAUGUACUAUACUGUAUAUGCAACUACAGCUAUGUGUCUGCAAUUAUAUAAUUAAUACUGAUUAUUUUCUUUAAUUUUGUAAGUUAAAGAUUUAUUUAUCAAGAACUUCAGUGCUAGUCCCAUGCAACAGACUUUAGUUUUAUGACGUUGGUGAUUAAUGGUAAUGAUUUAUUUUAUAUCUGCCUUCUAAAUUAGAUCUGAUUAUGACUAUAAACAAUUAGGGUAACUUGUGGAUGAUUUGGUUGGCCUCAAGCAUGAUAGCUUUGUUAAUUUACUCAAAUCUGAUGACUGAUGCCAUGCUGAUAGUUCUUUUUGAUAUGCACGACUCAAUUUCUUGUGAAAUUUUAUCAAUUGCCUAAACUGUGUAGUUUUCCCCAGGGUAAUCCAUAUUUAAUGAGGCUGAGUGAAUCUGCUGCAGCUGAUGCAUUAUAAAUGAUUGGGUUAUCUUACCUUGAGGUUACCUUGAGGUGCUUCAGGGGCUUAGCGUCCCCGCGGCCCGGUCGUUGACAAGGCUUCCUGGUUGCUGGACUGAUCAACCAGGCUGUUGGACGCGGCUACUCACACCCUGACGUAUGAGUCACAGCCUGGUUGAUCAGGUGACAGACAGAAACAUAUAUAUAUGGGUAUAAACAGAAACUGCCUUGUUUGGGCUAAUAGACUUCUACGAUUUUCUUGAGCUGUUGGUGAACAAUCGGUUUCAUUCAGAGGCUCCAUUUUCAAUUUGCGUCUAACCUAACGACCUAACUUAAUCAAUCCUAACCAAUUUCACCCAGAAAAGUGCGGCCAGCUUGGAAUGGGUUGAUUUGUCUCUAUAAUGACAUGGCUUCCAAUGUUUGUCAUGCCAUAGGUUGAACCAAAGAUGUUUUUGUUUUUAUGAAAAUUUUAAUGUUCUGAUGUUUAUAGAUAUAGAUAUGUAUUGUAAUGUGUUUCAAUACUUUGUUACAUGUUACAGGUUUAAUUCUGUAGUAUACACUAUUCAGCACAGUACAGUAUAGGAUUUUUAAUGUAUUGUCAUAUAAUAAAAAUUGUAGCUCUCUAGUUUAAUUUAA